UCCAAUACGUUGCACAGCACAACAAUGUGCAAGCCAGGAAGUCAUUGCAGAAAGUUGGAUCCUCAUGCAUAUCUUUCCCAAGUCAAAAGUUAGCUGGUACAUGUUCACUAGGACUUCCCUUUAGUUAUGGAGUCAACAAAAAUGCAUGAAUGUACAAGCAAGAAACCUAAGAACGGCCUAACAUAGAAUAAGAUAAAAACACAGGUAAACAUUACCACAUCAGCGGUUGCUACCACCCGGUCGCUAGCGGCUAGUCGCUGCGAUCACAACCCCUGUGAAAAUGGAGUGUUUUUAAGGAAUUGAAAUAAAGUAUAGAAAUACUUUUUGCAUACCUUAUAAAAACAUUUAUACCACUAAAACUCCACUUUCAGUUGAAUUUUACCAGAAACACACAAGAAGUGGGUGCAGAAUCAACAAAAGAGGGAGCACUAUAUAAAGAAAAACCCUCUGGCUUAUUCAUCAUUGUAUAAUCUGCCUAUCCAGGAGACAACCAUGAAUGUUUCAAGCAUCAAAUGGUUACUAGUCUUUUCUCUGGUUUUCAUCAGUACAAUAAUACAAGCACAUUCCAAAUCUCUGAUAAAAGUGAAACCAGUACAUGCAGAGACCAGGACAUGCUUCAGUCGCAGAAGUCCGUGCUUCCUGAAGAGGAUAACCUGCCCAACACAGUGCCCAACAUCACACCCAAAAGAUCCCAAAGCUAAAGUUUGCUAUAUAGACUGCUAUUCACCAAUAUGCAAGGCUGAAUGCAGAAAUCGCAAACCAAAUUGCAGCGGCCGAGGAGCAGCAUGUUUAGACCCUCGUUUCAUUGGUGGAGAUGGAAUUGUUUUCUACUUCCAUGGCAAGAGCAAUGAGCAGUUUAGUUUAGUAUCCGAUCUCAAGCUCCAAAUCAAUGCCCAUUUCAUUGGGCUCCGACCUUCAGGCAGAGAUCGAGAUUUCACUUGGAUACAGGCCCUUGGGAUCUUGUUCGACUCUCACACUCUCUCUCUUGAAGCCACCCCAGCCGCAACGUGGGAUGAAGAAAUUGACCACUUGAAGUUUUCUUAUGAUGGAAGGGAGUUAGAUGUACCUAAAGGGUACUCAUCAACCUGGGUAUCAUCAAGUGAAAACCUGAAAAUAGAGAGAACAGGAAGCAAAAACAGUGUUAUUGUGACUCUACACGAAAUGGCUGAGAUAUCAGUCAAUGUGGUGCCAAUCACAAAGGAAGACGACAAGAUACAUAACUAUCAAAUACCUCCAGAUGACUGUUUUGCUCACUUGGAAGUGCAGUUCCGAUUCUUCGAACUUUCACCAGAAGUUGAAGGUGUGCUUGGACGUACAUACCAGCCAGAUUUUAAGAACCCAGCAAAGCCAGGGGUUGCAAUGCCCGUAGUUGGCGGAGAAGACAGAUACAGAACAUCAUCAAUUUUAUCAGCAGACUGCAAAUCCUGCCUGUUCUCUCCCGUUGGAGUAGUACAGCAGGAUCUCACUUUUAUGAAGGACUUGGGCGUUUUAGACUGCAUGGGCAGCACAGACAUUGGACAAGGCAUAGUUUGCAGGAGAUGAGAAAUAGAGUAAUUUGUCAUGAACAGAAUUCGUGGACCAUAAUUCUUUCUUUGUCUUAUAUGUUGUCUCUUUCAUAAUUUUUCUUAUCCUAAAAGAAUAAUAUGAAAAAACUACACCUAUUACUUUCAAGAAUAAUAAAGGAGAAUACAGAAAAAGUGUGCCUGCUAUCAACCAAUUUAGCGUAGAUAAACUUAGUGGAAAAGAGAUAACCUUCCUACCUCAAGGUUGGGGGUUCAAUCCCUACUAGAAACAAUUAGAAGACGGGAUCCCCUUAUCCUUCCCCCAACUCCCAAAGUGUUUAGCCCGCUAACCAGAACGAGGUUGACCUAUCCUGAUCGGGCCCUUCAUCUCACCUACUAAAAAAAAUUGCGUAGAUAACCUUCCAUCCUGUAUUCGGUUUCAGACAUCAACAGAAGUGACGGGACAAGAAGCAAAUAAAUCAAUGCAAUUUUAUACAGAUACCAAUAUCCAAGAUCAUUAACUGCUGAUAAUUGCAGAAGCUAUUAUUUAUUUUCUGCAUUUUAGAACAAGUGUUUGGUGAAUCCAUUACAUAUAUGAAUAUCUGUAAGAAGUGUAAUACAAAAUGGAAAGCAAAAUUCAGAACAUAUAAGAACAAAGAGAAAGCAAUAGGCUUCCUAUAGGUAUCUUGGAGACAGUAUUCGAUGUGCUUCAUCAUAUUCUUUCCUUCACUAUAUUACAAAUUGAAAUAGGUAAAACCGUAAAAGAUGAAGCCAACAAAGAACAAUCAAAUUGAACUUAACCUUCUUAUAUUAUCUCUGGAUGGGGCAACCAAAUGUCCUAGAGUAUCAUCAAAUAGCAAUCAUUCUUUUCAUCUUCCACGUGGAUUUACUAACUGAGAAAAGACGGCACUUGUUGCAGCAUCCUCCGCAUCAUCAUCAUUAGCAGGGUGACCUCCAUUUAUCAUGCUAACACUAUUGUCAAAUUGCUCAAGUGUUGUCAAUGGUAAACCUUGAAUAUGAUUCGUGCUGUUAUCUUCAGGUUCAGCAAGAGCAGAUGACAUCUCCUCUAGCUGAAGAGCAUAUUCGAGAUUCCACAAGACGUCUCCCAUGGAUGGCCUAUCAGCUCCAUAUUCUGCCAAGCACUUCUCUGCUGUGUCCCCAAACUUUUUCAGUGAAGCGGAAUUCACCUUCCCCACAAGAUUUGAGUCCAUAAUCUGAUCGAGCAUGCCCUUCUUUUGCCAGGUCAUUGCCCAUUCUGCAAUAUUGACUUGCUCCCUGGGGAGCACAGGGUUCAAAGCAGGUCUAGUGCAGAGAACUUCCAUCAAAACCACUCCAAAUGAAUACACAUCUGACUUCUCAGUCAAUUGUUGCCUUCUAAAGUACUCCGGAUCAA